CGGAGCCAAGCCUCAAUACCAAACACAACCCUACUUGUAUUGCAUAAGUGCAUGCGAAACUUGCCCUAGAGUGUGCGGCACCCCUCCCCCGGGAGGAGCCUCCGACCCGCCACCACUUCAGCCGCCGCCGCCGCACAUGCAUUCCCCGACGCCCCCAGGCGGAGCCUCCGAGCUGCCACCGCCGCCGCACUCGCAUUCCCCGCCAAAAUCGCCGCAUUACUAUGCCGCACCGCCGGGGCCGAACGGAGUGUACAUCACCCCAAUAAAACCGCCGUCCCCUAACGCCCAAAACAGCCCGCCGUUAGCUCCGAACCUCCCCCUCACACCGCCGUCGACGCCGCCUCCUCCUCUCAUCUCAGUGAUUUCGCCUCCCUCCCAACCGAAUACUUAUCCGCCACCGCCACACUCUACGGCGAAGCCGCCGCCUCUCAUUUCACCUCCGGCGGCUUAUCUGCCGCCGCCGCAGCUUCCCACCACGCCUCCUCCGUCUCCUCCGAAUAGUUCGCCGCAGGGAGGUGGUUCUGGGCAAUACUAUUUCAACAUCUCUGAGGCAGCUACAAAAACGCCACGUGGACCAAUUAUUUUUGCACUGCUGAUUUGCUUCAGAAUUUUCGGAUUUUUUAUAUCAUGAUAAUAGCGUUACAUAUAUUUACAUGAUUGCUUCCAUUACCUUUAAUUAAUAAUUAAGAUGCACUGUAAUAUAGUUAUGUGAAUUAA